AUGAAUGCAUUAGCAAGCAAUCAACAACAAUAUCAACAUCGGGUGAUUGUGUUUGUCGGAAGUUCAAUCCCUCCUCACCCUCUCAAAGGACACUCGGUAGAGAAUAUGUUGGUAACGUGCAAUCAUGCUCAAAAAGGAAUGAUGACCGUGAAUGGAGACCGUGGCGGAACUAUCCAAUCAGACCUCGGCCCAAAUACUAUUAAAGUAUUAAGGAUCGCCAACAAUCAGUUAUUAAGUGAUGCAGAUAUCCAAUCAGCAUUGAUGCCCCAGGAAUUGAAUCCAGCAUUUGUUCCUGAAAAGGACGCACCGUGGCGUGCUGUGUUCCCCCUCGAACGGAUGCGACGUGACCUUGAAGUCGUGGAAAAUACACCAACACCUGCGACUGUAUCGCACAGUUUGAAGGGUAAGGCGAGAGAGAGUGUUAAACUCUUACUGACUAAAAACCCCCCCGUUCCUUCUCCUGCUCUGGGCCGAGGUCGCGGUGCCUCAUUGCGCUUACCCCGCGGCCCCGGCUGGUGA